AUGAUGUUCCGCCAUUGGCGUGCAGCGGCCAUCGAUCAUCAGGGCCAUCCUUCCAAACAACAAGUGACAAAAAUGACAAGGAAUCCGAUGAAGGAGUUUGCCAAGAAGGUCUCCAUGGCCUCUUGUAGCCUUUUUCUGUUGAUGCUACCGAGAUCGUACGGCCUGGUACCAUUGGAUCCAAGGUGCUCUUCUUGUGGAUCGUCUUCCUUUCAUCGCCUGCAAAAACAAAGUUUCCACAGCUUCCUGGGGAGUUCUUUGGAUCCAAGCGACGUGGAGGUAGAAGAAGAUGAUAAUGAUCAGUGGAUCGAAGCGCAAAUAGCCGAAGUGAUUCAGGAUGAUGAUGAUUUGGAAGAAGAACUUAAUUGGAUCCCAGACAGAGAGAAGGCAAAUCGUAUGAAAAUGCAACAAGAUAUCUACCAUUCAAGACCACAACCUGAGCCUAUCUCAUCCAUGCCUACAUCAACCGAUUCUUCAGACGACAAUGACAACAAUCAAUCUGAUAAGCAAAAGGCUUCUCCAUAUACCGAGGAAGAAGAAGAGUUGAUUCAGUCCAUGGGUGGCAAGACUAGUGCAGACACCAGCAAACGAGAGCCAGGCUUCUUAGGUGAUUCUACCUUGGAGGAAAUUGCGACCGACUAUUCAGUCCCUGUAUGCUAUCUUGCAGAUGUUCUUUGCAUGUGGGGAGUGCCCGUCCCAAUUAGUGUUCAGGAUCGAUUGGGAGAUUUGGCCACGGGAGAACAAGCCUUUGCCAUUCUAGAAGCCAUCAAUUCGCUCGAUGUCGCCGCUCUACAUGACAGAUAUUCCAACCAAAGUUUACUGAAUUUGUGCAAUGACUGGGAAAUUGAUAUUACUGAAGCCUUUGAAAUGGCAAUGAAGGAAGGCUGGAGUCUACCGUUUGGGGUACAAACGGUACUCAGAGUAGAGCAGGAAGAUGAACUGCUUCGAGUGCUCGGGGGUUACUAUCCGGCAGAAUAA